AUGAACGAGCAAAGAGUCACCUAUGCAGAGCUGAAGUUGGCAAAGGUCUCAAAAAGGCCGCAAGUGAAACCUAAAGAGAGUAAAAGCUCCACUACUGGAAUGGAGCAGGGAGUAACCUACGCAGAAUUAAGUCUGCACAAUGCUGCUCGGGAUCCUCAGGAGAAUGGCAAGUCCUGUCACCUCAAAGGCUUAGCAGCACCUCCAGAGAAGUGCAUUGCUGGGAUCUUGGGACUCACCUGCCUUGUCUUGAUAUGCAUUAUUGUGCCAGUGUGGAUUAAAUUUCCCGUAGCUCCUACUGAAGAUCCAGAGAAGAAAGUUUCCUCCACAGUAACAGAGAGCCAGAAAGGCUGCCCUGCUGUUGUUGCACAGGACCCCUCACCUCAGGGGGCAAUGGCUCCUCCUCUUAAAUUUAUGAACUCCAUAUCAGUUUCGUCAUGGAUUGGAGUCUACCGUAACGGCAGCGAUCAGCCAUGGACAUUUGUAAAUGGGUCAACUUCCCACACAGAGUAA